CCCAAAUGACUGCUUUGAUAAAGGGCCACGUAGUAUUAUGCUGACCACCAAGCCUAGUGAGUGGCAGGCAUACUAUCUUUCUCUACGCGUGGCUACUAUUUAGUCGUCCAAAUGGGCAAAAGAUUCAGGUACAAACACCAACAACAUACAAGGAGCAAAAUUAACUUCAUUAAUUUUUGCAAAGUAAAGCAGACAUGGGAGUUCUAAGAACAAUUCCUUUGACCCCUCCACACGGCAAGUUCCCUUCAAAUUUUGGAGUUGCAGAGUGCUUAUCAAACCGUGGCGGGUUCGUCAGCAAGAGCUCUCAGUUUAGGGUCUUAGCCAAAACAGAGAAGGGUGAGAAAGGUGACAACAAGGAAGAACCCAAGAAAACCAAGCAGUCAUUGUUUAGCAGUGUGACAGAAGCACUUGAUUUUUCUCAAACCAGGUCUGCAGAGGACGCUCUGCUUAUUGAAGAUGCUAGAGAGGCCACCAAGUCUGGAGAGAGAAUGUCCAGGGAACAGUAUGGGGCUCUGAGAAGGAAAAUUGGAGGAACAUACAAGGAUUUCUUCAAAUCUUAUGUUGAUGUGGAUGGGCAAUAUGUGGAAGAGGGCUGGGUAGACAAAACGUGCAAGGUUUGCAAGAAAGAUACAGGGGGUGAGCCAAGGCAAGUGGACAAACUUGGAAGAUAUGUUCAUGUGGCGUGUAUGGAGAAAUCGAAAUCUGGCAACUUUUUUACCAGACUUUUCUCAGGAUGAAGACAGAGAACAUGGUGCUUGUAUUGUAUAUCAGAUAUCCCAGAGCCUAACUGGUGAUGCGAUGUGAUGCCAAUUUUAGAUACAAAAAUAUAUAAUUCAAUGUUGGGUAGAAGAUUUGAGAACUUA